GAGCGAUCCAAAAGAUAAUAUUGUUCAAAUUGAUAGAAUGAACUUGAAAACAAAAACUUUUUGUCAUCAUUUUAUUUUAUUUUUUUUUCAAAUCUAAAUAAUUAAUAAUGAACAAUGCAAACAUCCGAAAAGUAUUGAUUGCUGGAGGAUCAGGUUUUAUUGGGUCUGUUCUUAAACAACAAUUACAAAAACAUGGAUUCGAAACUUGUAUUGUAUCGCGUAUGCCAAGACCUGAUAGCAUAACAUGGGACGAUUUGAAUCAGAAUGGUAUUCCAGAUGGUACAGACGCAGUUAUUAAUGUGGCCGGACAGAAUGUACUGGAUCCAAUGCGUAGGUGGACACCAGGAUUCAAACAAAAUGUUAUUGCCAGUCGCGUACAUACAAAUCAAAUGUUGGUUAAAGUCAUUAAUCAAUGCGAUAGUCAAAAGAAACCAAAAGUAUUUGCUUCUAUUUCUGGUGUCGGAUAUUAUCGACCUGACGCCAUACAGAUUUAUGAUGAAAAUUCUACGGGUGGUGACCAUGAUUUCCUAUCCAAAUUAUGUACGGAUUGGGAAAAAGCUAGCAAAGUUGGCGAUGAUCAUACAAGAAACGUAACUGUUCGUAGCGGAAUUGUAUUGGGCAAAAAUGGUGGCAUCAUUCAACAAAUGUAUCCGUUGUUCUUUUUGGGAUUAGGAGCGAAAAUCGAUUCUGGUACACAACACAUGCCAUGGAUACAUAUCGAAGAUAUUUGCAACAUUUUCAUACAAGCCUUAAGGAAUGAAAAAUUUACUGGUGUCAUCAAUGCAGUUGCACCAGAAAUUGUCACCAAUGAACAAUUUACAAAAACAUUUGCCCGUCUUUUAAGACGACCAAGUUUUCUGUUCAUUCCGGCACAGAUCAUUGAAUUUAUAUUCAGUUCAGAAAGAGCUGUAAUGAUGACUCAAGGACAAAAAGUCAUUAGUAAACGUAUGGAAGAAUUGGGUGUUCAGAUAAAAUAUCCGACCAUAGAAGAAGCAUUGAAAAAUAUUUUGAAAUGAAAUCUGAUUAUCAUUAUAUUAUUCAUUUAAUUUAAAAUCUUUUUGUGAUACAUGCACUUUUGUGAUCGAUUGAUUGGUUAAGAUUGGAUAAAU